UGUCCACUGCAAAUUGUGUAUUUAUUUAAUCAUAACAAUAAAAUAGUAACUGUGUCAAAUCAGUGUCAGCACUUUUUCAUUAAACUGUGAAUCUCCGCGUGAGUCAUAUCGGCUGUGUAAUGGGUACAAUUUAAAAACGCAGCGAUGAGUGGUAAUGACGCUUUUAACAGAAGUUCACGGACUCCGCGAAGUCCCCCUCCAGAAGGAAGACCAGCUAUGGAAACCACCCCAGGAACCCCAGUAGCAGCAGCACGAGCCGAGGCACCUGAUGUAGUCUCAACCACUGAAAUCCAGAAAUGGAUUUCCGAAAUUGAAAAGCGCCUUAGUGAAAUUUGCACCAUUGCAAAUGAUGGUAAAUUAAACUCAGACCAAAAACUGAGAAUAAACACGCUAAGUAAGAGCGUAUUAGGAGGAAUCUCGCAAUUGGCUGUACAAUACCAGGCGGUCAAGCAGAAUUUAUUACUUAGCCAAGCCAAAGUGAAUACCUUGUCCAUGCAAACAAACAUCAGCACCCAGCUAUAUGAACUCAAACAGUGCAUACAAGAAAAAGCAACAACCGAAGAAAAACAAUCGUUCGCCGACAUGGUUAGGACCGGGAAAAGCUCGACUGUUGUGCCUACCAAGUCAAGUAGUAGCAUCGCAAUUUACCCUGCCGACAAAGAAAAAUCCAGUGAGGACACCAAAAACCUGAUCCAAAACUUAAUUAAGCCCGAGACCCUGAAACUUCACGUACGUGGUAUGAGAAAAACAAAGAACGGUGGAGUCAUAAUCAGCACCGAGAGAAAGGAUGACCUUGAAAAGCUUAAAGCAUCUCAGCAGCUGCAGCAAUCAGGACUUAAAGUGGAAGAUACCACCAAAAGGAGACCGAAGAUAAUCAUCCUAGGAGUCCCGACAAAUAUGUCCGAAGGAGAAGUGUUCGAUUGUAUUUUUAAACAAAACAUUGCAGACUUACAACCAAAUCUCACUAGGGAUACAUUUAUGUGCUCAGUUAAACUUAGUCAUAAAUCUGGAAAAAAGGACUUAUCCACCUGCAACUACAUCCUAGAAUGCACAGCCGAAGUCCGACGUAUGCUCAUACAACAACAACGCGUUUUUAUCAAUUGGACAUCUUGCCCAGUACGAGAUUUCACUCUCCUGACCCGUUGUUACUUAUGCCAUUUAUACGGCCAUUCGGCUAAAUAUUGCAAAGAUACAGAACCUACUUGUGGACAUUGCGGGUCAUCAGGCCAUGGUUUUAAGGAGUGUCCAAAGCAAGCUGAACCCAUGACUAUGGCUGAACCCGCCAAAUGCGCUACGUGUCUGCGCUUUAAAAAGCCGGCCAAUCAUAAAACCGGAGACGACCAGUGCCCAGCGAAGAAAAAUGCGCAACUUAGGUAUAUAAAUUCUAUAGAUUAUGAGGGCGCCUAGAGCGCCGCGUUUCAACGUCAUCUGCUGCACAUAUCAACAAAAAUGGAUAACGCAAUCAACGUCUUGCUUGACGAUAUUGAGGCCUCGUGUGAGUAUGAAUCACUAGUGUGCGACCCAGAUAGAUGCUCGACGCUUGUCAAUACUUAUGGUUCAAAUUUAAAAAUACUUUUACAAAAUAUUAGAAGCCUAAACAGUAAUUUCAAUGGACUCUUAACUUUACUAAGCUUAAUAAAUUCUGACGUUGAUAUAAUUGUAUUGACAGAGUGCUGGAUUACCUCCAACCAAACGAUCCCUCAAAUAAAUGGCUAUAAUUCUUACGUAAGUUUAAAAACCAACGUGUUGC